AUGGCGUUGCCAGAGGCUGGGGCGGAGCGGCGGAAACUGGAAGCCCCCUCUGUCCCCCCCAAGGCCCAGGGCCCGGAGUCGGACGCCCCGGGGCCACUUCGGAGCUCCAAGCGCAGGGGAAGUUGGGAGGCGGGCGCCCACCUGUCCGGGGCCGCUGCUAGGCGGUGCGCUCCCCGACGCCCCUCCAGCCCUGCCCCGCGGCCCCAAGCACUCCUCCUCUCUCUGGGGGCCUCUGGUUCCCGAUCCCCCCCCGGACCCGAGGGCGCCCCUGCGGGGCUCCAGGCCCCCUCCCCGGGGCCAUCCUCGCGGCGGGCUGCCGGUCCAGCCCCGCGCCCCUCCGGCCGCACUUACCCUGUAGGGCCGCGCUGCUCCGGACUGGCCCGAGGCUUCUUGGGCGGCCGGGACGGACGGGGCGGAGGGGAUGGACGGGGCGGGCGGGGAGCGGCCAGGGGUCAGGAGAGGACCGUCGGGCCGGCCCGGGCAGCCGGUCUGGGGCCAGGCCGAGACCCCUGUCCGGGGUCGCCCCGAAACGUCUCUAGGAAUCGCCGCGUGCGGCUGGGACUUAUUACCCGCGAAGUUCGGGGACCUGGCAAGCAGCUGGGGAGGCGGGGGGAGGGCCGGGCCGGAGGAGCACUAGGAGCGCCUGGGCCCCCUCCCCUCCUUCACGCGCCCAUUCCUUUCCGUGACGUGGAGUCUGGCCUGGGCGGGGCGCAGGGCCCCCCUCGCCAGGUCCGGCCCUCGGGGUUAGCGCCGGGACCUCGAAACGAGCGCUCCCCACCCGGGAAAGAGAAACCGACCCAGUGGGAAACGGGCGGGGGUCCGUGGGCGCGGCCGGGGAUGGACCGAGUCCAGCCGCCGGGUGCCCGAGCGUCCCGUCGGGGGCGGUGGGGGGGCCCGCAGUGGGAAGCCCGGGGGGCUCCCGAGCCCGGCUCGGGGCGGCUGCGCGGGCACCUAAAGCCUCCGAGUUCUGCACCCCGGAGCCCAGCGCCCUCCUCCCCCCGCCGCCUUGGCCAGGGGCUCCGGGAGCGCAAGGGGGAAGGCCCAGGAGCACCAGCCACUCCUCCAUAUGGCUGGGCCCCCAAGAGGGAGGCCGAGGGUCGGGGAGGCCGGAGCCCCAUUCACCCAGGGUGGAGGUCGGCACCCAAUGGUGGCCACUUUUUGGAAAGGCUGCUCCUGGACAUGGCCUCCUGCAGCCAGGACUGUUCCAGCUUCAUCAGUGACUUGGGGGGGGGGGGUCGUUCUCUGAGUGGCCGGAGUGGCUGGAUGACUGAAAGGCGAGGCGGGGAAUGCCUUUUCCUUCUCUACCCACUGGUCCCUGGACGGAGCUGGAAGACGUGGCCUUUCGAGGGCUGUGGCGAGAGCCCCCUCCGCCCAGCCAGGGCUCGGAGCGCCGCGCGGGCCCACGACGGCAGCCUCCCCGGCGCCCGCCUGGCCCCCUGUGGCCGGCAGCUUCUCAGCGGGCACGGAUCCUAG